AUGGACGGUAGUGAUCCCAUUGGUAAUGCUGGUGAGUCUACAUACAGCAUAGUCGCAUCGCAACGGCAUGCGCUGCGUAGCGCAAAUAUAAUGGACACCAAAACCUUAGACAUCUACAAUUGGAUACUGAUCGCUGCAAUACUAUCGCCAAUCCCAUUGAUGUGUAUCUACUUAAUGUAUUAUCAACACAGUCAAGGCAAUAGCAUCUAUCCACUAUUCAAACGAAACCCAGACCUUUGGGGACCGCGAUCGCGAGCAAAUCGUGAAGAAGCCGAAAAAGCUGAAAGAAUGAUUCGGAAAUGGUGGUAAAA